CUGCGACAUGCUGCGACUGCGAGCCAUGUGCUAUGCACCACCUGCGCGACGCAGCACGCCCGCUCCGGGCGUCUCUGGGCCGGUGGAAAUUCAGCGCCGCAGAGGUGGGCAUCGAAAGCUUCCUGGGAUCCCAUCCUGGUUUCGAGGCCAAGUUUCAGCAGUUUCCCUACGACUUCUUGGUGCGGGAACUGGACCGAGAACAGCGGCCCAUUCAGUUUGCGGAGGAGUGCGACCUGUCAAAGUUGCUGGACUUCGCACGGCGACAGCCCCCGGAGGAGAACGUGUGGUUUACCUUGGUGAAGCGUGAACAGACCACACCAGAGGCCCUGGCGAAAAUUGCCAGAUGCCUCCAAGUUUCACCGAAGAUCUUCAGUUUCUGCGGAAUGAAGGAUCGCUGGGGCAUCACCACGCAACGCGUCUCCUUCGCUGCCGGCAGCGUCGACACCGGGGCGCAAGAGGUGAGGUCCCUGGAGGGCCUUGACCGGAGCUGGAUCAAGAUUGGUGACCUUGAAGCGAAGCCAGCGAAAGCUCGCUUGGGCAGCCACGGCGGCAACGGCUUCACCGUGCUCCUGCGGGACCUGGCGGACCCCCAAAAAACGGCCAACGAUGCCGUGCUGUCCGCGGCGUCCGGAGGCUUUCCCAACUACUUCGGCCUCCAGCGUUUCGGCACCGGGCAGCAGCCCUCCUCGUCGCUGGGUCUGGCGCUGCUCCGCGGCGCGAAAGCGGAACUGGUGAUGCUGGCGCUGGGCGCGCGGGCGCGGCAUGGCAGGGCCUUGGAGGCAUUUCAGGCAGCUCAAGAAGGGCGCUUUGAAGCAGCUUUAGAGAUGACGCCUUCCUCCUGUUUGCAAGAACGCGCUGUUCUUCAACAUUUGGUGCACUCACCCUCCGACUUCGCUGGCGCCGUGAAGGCCGUCCCGCGUCACCUGCGUCUGCUCUGGUGUCGAUCGCUGGCGUCACAGCUGUGGAACCGCGUGUUGUCUCUCCGCAUAGAGCAGAAGAUGAUGGAACCCUUACCCGGUGACUUGGUGCUGGACCGUUCUUCGUCCACGGCGGCGGCUGAAGAACGGCUGCGUGUGCGACCCUUGCGCGAAGGUGAGGAGAAAGACACGGCCAUGGCGGAGAUUUUGCUCCCGGUUUUGGGCUAUGACGUGCCUGCGCCGAAGGCGCCGACGGCGCUGCAGGGCAUUUACCAGCGCGCAAUGGAGGAGAUUGGCAUUGAUGGUCAGGUCUUUCGCAAGCCCGAGUCUCCGGAUGACAUUUGGAUGUCCGGGGACUAUCGCCCUGCCAUUGGCCAAUUCUCCGGGCUCAGCCAUCGUUUCAUCCCCAGCUCCCCCCGUGCACCGUUGAUCCCCAACGACCUUCACGGCUCGCUCCGGCGUCCGCGCCGUGACGCCGCGGACGGCAGCCGUCACGGCAACGGCACGGCGCUACUGCUGGAGUUUGGGCUGCCGAAGGCGAGCUACGCCACGGUGGCCAUCCGCGAAGUCAUGAAAAUGGCGAAGUCACUGGGGGUCGGGGAUCUGGUUGGUGGUUUGAGGUCAUAA